GUUAAAUGAAACCUGGCAGGUCUUUGUGCUCGCUAAAUAGUUUUUUAUUGAAAACUCGCAAUAUGCUCAUUUUCAUUUUUUUUCUAUGGAGCCAUUCUACGAAGGGAAAGGCAACAAAAAAAAACAUUGUACAUUGUAACUUGGUAAACAUAUUGUCAGCGUCUUAAUUUUGUUCGAUUUGAUUCAGGAAAAAAAACAAUUUAGCUUGUUAUUGAAAUGGCAGGUAUUUUUAUGCUGUUACAGUGUUUAGACUGAAACCGUUUAUAUUCACUUAUUUUCAGUCGUAAUUAAGCUUAACUCAAAAAUUCAACACCACGCGGCUGUAAAAGUACCUUUUUGGCAACAACCCUUGUCUAGAUUUGGUGACCAUUUCUGUUCGCGACCAUAUUGCGCCUUGAAAAUGACUGCCCGGUAAGAUUUUGUUCCUUGGGGAAUUGAAUCACGCAAUUUCAAAAUCAGCCAAGUGUUCUUUUUUCUUGUCUACUCUCUAAACUAAACAGAAGUGCAAAAUUUUUAUAAGCACAGCCUCAAAUAACUAUAUGAAGCAACAAAAACAGUAGUAACCCUAUUGUGAAACCACCUUGACUUGACCAUUUAGCAUUUACCACUCUGCUACUACAAGCUGAAGACGAUAAUUUAUGCAGGCAUGGUCAUAAUUUAUUAGCACCCAAGCACCAAAGGUAACGCUGGUGUAGCUAGUAUGUAAUAAUAAUAAUACUUCUUAAAAACAUCCUCCCCUCCGUCGUCCUGUCAUCAUUACCAGCAUCUUUUACACCGCCCCAUUAGAAGAAUUUGAGCUGAGAGAGAGGGUAAAUACACAGACAACCCUGACCAAUUAUCCGACACAAACAACGGCCGAAAGUUCUGACUAUGUUGCAAAGUUCAAUCAAACGCCCACUGCAAACACUUGCGCUGUACGUGCGCUGAAAACUUCAAGUAGUACAACAUAACUAUAUCUCGUUGCGUUUGAUACGUUGUUUGUUGAAACGACUGGGAAUUAUUUCGCUCUAAUUUUUGUUUCCCAUUCGAGAAUUCUGGAAAAUAUAUACAUGUUUCAUUUUUCUGAAAGUGCGUAAUGAUAUUGCAUAAUUAAUGUCGUGCCAUCUUCUGAUUUUCGCACUAUCGGAUGUUUGAACCAUCCCACCAUGGCAGGGGUGGUCGAGCGAUGACUGAAUAGAAAUUUUUGAGCGUAGCUCAUUAAAUAAUGCAUCCGGAGCAAAAAAACUGGCAUACGCGUGCAUUGUUUUCGCACUUACUUUAUCCAUUUGCGAGAUAAAAAUGAAAUUGUUUACAUUAUUUACCUCUGUUUGUUCAAGAGGAUGCCUCGUGUCUACAAAGGCAUCUGCAUUUACCUACUGGCCCAUUGUUCUUUUUAAUCUUUUCCAAUUCUCGUGGCUUCUUUGAAGGUUUCUUUCCCUCGGACCAUUUGUUCAGCCCUCAAAGCCUUUAAUCUGCUCUAUCCGCUUGACCAACUAAAAGUCACUCACUAUACAAUAGAAAUAGCACAGUCUAGUUACAGUCCAACCAUAUCAUCGCUAUAAUCUCCCUCGUACCUUCAUAGACCCCAACAGCAGAGCCUCACUGAGAUUAUCCUCUCUGAUCAGCUGAUAAAUUCAAUCAAAUUUCAGUCGAAAUCUAAAAAAUUGAAAAUUUAUUCUCUCAUUGUAAAACAACUCGCUUUCUCUCUCCGGAAUAUGCUGAGGUUGAUCCUCUUUCCUGCUCUCCUCUGCAGCUGAAUCGAACUCAAAUGCUACUCUGCGACGACCUCAAAGCAAAGAUUUGAGGAGGACACAAAACAGAGCAGAUUGAGAUCGGAUCAAAUCGGAGAUGAAGAACGCCAACAGUUUUGAGGUGUUUCUGAUGGUGGCUGUUGCGUCACACAUUUUCAAGAGGUGUUGUGCAGACAAGGAGUCGGAGCUGCUCAAGGACAUCCUCAACCCCAACUCAUACGAGAAGCGACUUAGGCCACACAGUGGAGGGGAUGCCCUGAUUGUGAACUCCACUAUGUACGUGGUCAGUCUGGGCCCAGUAUCCGAAGUGGACAUGACAUUCCGAGUGGGUCUGUACUUCCGACAGUACUGGAAGGACGACCGGCUCAAAUUCUCCCUGAAGAACUACAAGAAGAAUCAGUCGAAGGAGGAGCGCAUGAACAACAAUGAGGAGGAGUUCUCGGAGAGUGAGAAGCUGGUGCUGAGCCAGGACCUCCUGUCCAGUCUGUGGCUGCCGGACUCCUUUUUCCAGACUGAGACUGAGUCGUAUGUGCAUGAGGUGACAAAGAGGAAUGUGUUCUUCCGUCUGCACGGAAACGGAAAUAUUCUCAUGAGUAUGAGAGUAACUGUGACGUCUCGUUGUCCGAUGGACCUGGCCUACUUCCCUAUGGACGUGCAGUCGUGUGAGUUGAGGAUAGCCUCUUGGGGAUACACUUCGGACGACAUCACCUACAAGUGGAAGUUAGACCCAGACGACUUCCCCAUUGUGCUCGCGCAAGACAUCACUCUCAGCAACUUCCGAGUCAUCAACUUCACCUGUCGCUCAUGGGACAGAUCUCUAUCCACUGGCAACUGGUCGACACUGGGUGCCAAGUUCGUCUUCGGCAGGAACACACUCUACUUUAUCAUCCAGAUGUACAUCCCCUCCACCCUCAUAGUCAUGGUCUCCUGGGUGUCCUUCUGGGUCGGACGCUCCUCCGUCCCCGCCAGAGCCGCCCUAGGAAUCACCACUGUCCUCACCCUCCUCACUCUAAUCUCAUCAACGAAUGCAAACAUGCCAAAGAUAUCCUACAUGAAGGCCAUUGACGUAUACUUCGCCUCCUGCUUCUUAUUCGUCUUUGCCAGUCUCAUCGAGUUCGCAGCCGUGUGUUAUCUGGACAAGCCCCAGUCCCCACCCAAGAUUAAGAAGUCCUCAAUGAAACAUAGGGAUUUCAUGAUGGGCGGACCACCAGUUCCCAGUUCGUGGCACCCUUCCAACAGCGCCCAAGCCCCCCACAUGCAACUUGCGGGUGCCCCUUCCAACCGAUCCAGAGCCCUGGACGGCAGCUACAGCAACUUCCCCGGACGUGGCAGCACUCCCUACACCAAACUGAAACAGGCACUCUCCAACAAAAUAUUCAAUCAAAGCGAGAAGAAACGAUUCAAUGUAGGGGCCAUCGACAGAUUUUCUCGAUACUUUUUCCCGCUCUCUUUUUUCACCAUGAUGGUCAUCUACUGGUCUGUCUAUUUGCACAAGUCCUACGAGACAAAAGUAAAGAUGAAUGUACAAGAUGACUAAAUUUCUGCUAUCAUGAAAAAAUGUAGUAUUUAAACGAAAGUAACAGAAAAAUCUUGAAAUUCGUGGUAACUUUUUUCCAAUCGCCAAGAAAUAAUUUGAUAGUAUUUCAAAAUAUCGAAGAUCAAUUACAAGUGACAAACACGAACAGCAUAUUAAAACGAUUUUUCACAGAAAAUUGUUGAAAUGAAAAAAAAAUAGAAAACACUUAUUACAAAAUACAAUUUAGAUGAUUUGUCGUUUAUAACUACUUAGUUAUUUGAUUAUGAGUUGUAUUUGUAAGUUUUGAGCAAAUCACUGAAAAAUCAAUAGCUCAUUGAAGUGGCUGUUCUUGGACAGCAAUAUUAAUGAGUUUUUUCGUUCCAUUUAGUUUGAAAUAAACUUUACUAUCGUAUUAAUUAUAGUUCACAACACCACGCGUAAUCAGUAGAUGCAGUUUGCAGUUUUUAAACAGAAUUAUUCUUAGUUUUCAUCUUAAUUUUUAGUUGCAGUUGUCUUCAGUAGAUUAUGGUGCAAUCGAGUUAUAACGAAUUAUAGUCAGUGCUGGAUCUAUAAUAAAUAGUUUGUAAAUUUAUGUAUAUUGGUUAUGGAGCAUAUAUUAUAGUUCCCUAAUAAAAAGAA